UCGGCCAGCAAACGCUGCCCAGCUUCUCAUUCUUUCUACUCUUGGUUAAUUAAAAUUAAUAUAAUUAAUUUCAAGUUAAGUUGAAGUAACUCCCACAAGUUGUGGGCCACAACUUUAUUUUACACUUACGACCACGACUAGUCAGCUUAUCAUUAUGUUUUCCUAUAACACCGACCCCGUCUACCACCGCCGAAUAGCUCUUCAUCUCCUGUCGAAACGUUACAUGGAAGUUUUGCAGCCCUGGUUGACGGGGGAGGAGAAGGUCGACGAGUGGGAGGAAAUCACUAUCACCCCACUUGGCAUGUGCAUCACAAGAAACUACAAAAAAUUGUGUCAAAUUGGCGACGAAGAGGGGAAAGCGUGGCGGAAACACGUUGAGGAAACGUCCCCACUUCUCUACAACGCCAUAACGCCCACUUUCCACUGGGCCAGCACCCAUCUCCUCAACAUUAUUGGGCAGUUGCACCAGGUCGCGAGGAUACUGACCCUUCGUAAUGUCGCGGCGGUCAAGACUCUUGACGACUUCAGAAAAUUUUCGCCUCGACACCUUAUCGACAUUGAGAUUCUAGAUGAACUAAUGCUCACAAUUGUUGCGGCCAUGGACUCCAUCGCUCCGGGCAUGACGCUAAUUGCAAAUUCUGUUCGGAGAGAUGGGUUCUUGGAGCUGAAUCCUCAAACGGUAUAUUUUUGUUAUGCUGCGGCCGGCUUGUUUGCCACCAUUGAAGACUGGGGUCGUGAGACUCGACACAUUUUACGAGAGUAUGGGGUGGAAGAGGGACACCGGGAUAUCCUUAAUUCUCCUAAUUUCAGUUUACCUUUCUUGGAUGACAAUCUUUUAAAAGGGGCUAUUUUAUGGGCAUCGGGAGCCAACAUAUUACUGGAACAAUGGUUGAUUGCCAGGUCCACCGUGGUCGAAAUUCUCUUCCGACAAAUUAUUGCUUUGAUGCUCAAGUGCAAAAGCGAAAGCGAUACAAAAUCAUUCUUCUCUCCUAGAAGUAUUAAGCAAUUUAUUGACAUCUUCAAUUGUCAGCGAUAUGUCGAUAAGAUUUGGAGACAAUUAAGGGCCCGGAUGGAAAGCAAUGCCGCCGCCACCACGUCAGAACAUGUCGCUUCCAUCCACCGUCAAUUUACAAAUGCUCAUCGUUUAGCCAGAAUGACAGGGGAAGUCAGAAGGUCGCUGGAAGAACUGGGGAGUUUGGUUCCAAAUGUAGAAGAGUGCCUUACUCGAAAUCUCGUAUUAGAUAAAGAGGUGCUUAAACAGAAGUGGGACUUGUUGUCGCCUACUGUCGAGAGAGUCAGAUCCCAACUCGACAUGUUUUCGUCCCUCUUCCAGGUAUUGCUGACACAACCAGGCAUCAACAAUCCUGUCCCGAAUGAGCCUGAUCCACUCCCUGGACCGUCAUCCUCAUCUACACUAGUCCAACCUCAAGAGUCACACGACCAUGAAGGGGGCGAUGAACCUGCCGUAUUUGCAAAUACGGACCAAGAUCUCGACCAAAGUCGUGAUAAUAAUGACGAAGACACCACUCGAGAUGAAUUUUUUCUCGCGAGAGGAAAUUUAGGCGAUGAAGGAAAUGAAUCAGUUCACGAAGAUAACGACCCCACCACUCAAUUUGCUCAAGUUUCCUUGAACAAUGUCAUUGUAGAGUUGAAGACAAAGUUAACCGAGGUCAAAGUCAGUAUGGACAUGAGGGAGAAACAAGCCCUCAAAAAGUCUACAGGUGGUGGUGAAGAUGUUGAUGAUUCUAGUUCUAGCGAUGAGAGUGAAAGUCAGGAAAGUCGCCAUUUCGAAAAGAAAGUUAACCCUGCCCCAAUCUUCCACACUCUUGACAACGGCGACCAACCAAACCCAGACCUGCCAGGUCCCUCUCAUUUUAAUAUGACCUCCGCUCUCAAUUCUGAGCUUCGACUCGCCCUCUCGAAUCUGAAACCAUUAAAUUCCUCUGAAUUUGAAAGUGGUCCGGAUCUUGAAUUUUACGGCAGUGAUGAUGACGAGGAGGAGGAGGAAGCCUAAUAACUACUCCGAGUUCGAACUGGUGCUAAUUACAAAGUGCUAUUGUUAAUGUUGUUGUUACUGGUAACAACAAAAUCAUAUUAAACUCAUAGUUGUAAUCGUUAUUUAUUUAUUCAUUUAAAUAUUCCAUUUUGAUUUGUGUUAAAUAUUACAAUUUGUAAAAGAACUUGGUCCUCCAUAUAAUUUAAACCAAUUGCUGUGAUAUUUACGCAUAAUAAUAACAAUUAAAUAUUAUUGUUACUUCGAGACUCACGGUUGACUUUUGAGUGACAUGACUAGUCAAAUUGGUGACUAUAUAUAUUUGUAAUAUCUCAAGAUCUUUAGUAUGUACCUUAAAUUUAUAAUAAUCUUAUGUAUAAUUAUAAUUAGAAUAUGUUGCCUUCAUAUUAUAGUCAGCCUUUUGUAAUUGCAAAUUUUGUACGAUGCAAGCUGCUGAAUAGAAAAUUAAUUACCCGUGAUUAAGUGAUUAAUGUGGGUAAAUAACAUUAGUGGAAUUUGCCUUAAACAUUUUUUACAUACUUUAUAAACUUGUCGAUUCACACAAUCAAUGAGAAAUUUAUCUGAAAUAAAUUGAGCAAAUUGUAUUCAACAUAAAA